AUGAGAGUUUAUAGUUGUCAUUUCUGCUCCUCCCCGGUGUAUCCAGGUCAUGGUAUUAUGUUUGUCAGAAACGACGCAAAAGAGUUUCGUUUCUGUAGGUCGAAAUGUCACAAAGCAUUCAAACAACGGAGAAAUCCACGUAAGCUACGUUGGACCAAAGCCUUUAGAAAGGCUGCCGGUAAGGAGCUGGCUGUGGAUACCACUCUAGCGUUUGCUCAAAGAAGAAACGUUCCAGUUAGGUACAACAGAGAGUUGGUGGCUACAACUCUGCGGGCCAUGGCCAGAGUCGAAGAGAUUCGCCAAAAGAGAGAGCGCGCAUUCUAUAAGAACCGUAUGCGUGGUAACAAAGAGCGUGAUUUCCUAAGAGAUAAGCAACUUGUUGAGUCUAAUCCUGAGCUACUACGUGUCAGAGAGGUCGAGUUGGCCCGUAAGAAGGCUAAGGAAGAAGAAGUCGAGGUCAGUGAGGAAGAAAGUGAAGAAAUGGAUAUCGAUAGUGAAGCAGAAAGUGAGAGUGAGAGCGAACAAGAGAAGCAAAAGGUUAUUCUUAAGAAUAAGCGCAAAACUGCCAAAAAAAUUGCCUUCUAA